GACAAAGUUGAAAAAAACUCGGUGACAGGACAAAAUAUAUGUAGUUAUUGAUAUAUUUAUAUAGCCGUAUUAGAUUAGGUUUUGCACCUAAACAGGGUUGUGAAGAGAAAACACGUUUUUCGCUUUCUUGUUGUUAACUUAGCUUACGUAAAGUGCCAACAAGCUCGAGAUUUUUACUGAACCCUUCAUUUACGCUCCUUAAACUAUAAGACAUUUUUAUUCCGUGUUUAUAAGAAUAGUCAUGUCUGCACCUGAAUAUACUUUGCUGUGCAAUUUCCCUAAAUGCCGAGCAAAGCUGAGUGGGUUUGCGUGGACCACUGCCUGUUCUCAUAUAUUUUGUGAUCAACACGGUGCGGACGAGUUCAGUCGCACACCUGCUAUCUGCCCUGCAUGUUCCUCAAUGCUCCCUGGGAAACUUGACGUGAUGAGAACCGAGCUGACCCCGUCAGAAAAGUACAAGUCCAUGGCUUUGGUCGGACUAAAGCCUGAAACCAUUUUGGAUAUUAGUCAUAAAGCUCUGGAGUUCUGGACCUAUCAGGUAAACCAAGAGAGGUUGCUCACGGAGUUAAAUUUGUCCAGAGCUGGGGCGCAGGUGGUUCAGAUGGAGAAGUUUUUGACCCAGCAGAACCAAAGCAGAGAACAUGAGUUUAAUGCAUUAAAAGGCGAAAUUGCAUCACUUAAAAAGGUGCUGGAGGAAUAUAAGCGAAAGUACAGUGAGGUUUUGGAGCGUUUUAAUGAACGAAACCGACAGUACCAGAAACUGCAGGGACUUUUCCAGUCUCUGCAGAUGCAUACUCUGGGGAAGGCUGAGAUAGACACCAUGCCCCACCCUUUUACUACAGGAAUGGUGAAACAACGCUCUCCCCAUGGCAGCCCGUCUUUUCUGGCACAAGAGGGUAACUGGUUCUUCUCACAGGGACCAGAAAAUGCAAAAACCUUCUUCCAGUUAACUUCACCAGCCCGGGAGAGAUCCCAAUUUUUUCUUAAGAAAAACUGACUUGUUGUUUACAUUAAGUUUAAGGCUGACUGUUUA